AAAAAUAUACUAAAUUAAAAUUGAUAAAUAAUUCGACCGCAGCCAUACUUUCUAAUCUGGAACAUCCGAGGGGUGCUUGAAUGCAGCAUUAUUAAAACACCAGUGGGUUGGUUUGUUUUGUUUCACUUUCCUACUCAAGCCAGGUGGGCGGUGCCUUCCCCAUCUUUCUCACCAGCACAGCCCCUGCACCGCCCCUCUUUCUUUCAUCUUGGACAUAAAUCAGACGCAGCCGUUACCAGGUCAUUAGGGCGGAGUGUGUGUGUGUGGACAAAAAUCAAUCAUGUGUCAUUUCAAUCAGCUGUGAGUGUGUGUAAGUGUGUGUGUCGGUGUGUGUGUGUGAGACCUGCUUCACACUCGGUGCACAGCGACCUGCAAACCACAGACAUGGCUCGACUCCUGAUCCUCCUGCUCCUCCUCACCUGUCAGUGUCCGGCCGUCAGCGGACUGUUUGAGUGGCUGAGGAGGACAGAGGCUCCUCCAGCUCCACCUCCUCCACCAGCCGCUGUAGCUCCAGCUCUUCUGGCAAAGGACGCUCAGUUUGAAAUGACCACUGGCGACGAGAAGUUUUUGUCCGAGGCGAAGCAGCUGGAGCUCAGCCCGUUGGACAGUUGUCACUACAAGGUGGUCGCCCGGCUGAGGUCGAGCUGUGAGAGCCUCUCGGAGGAGCAGCUGGCGAAGCUCGGCGUGGUUCUGUUCAACUGUCAGGCCGAGAGCGAGGGCCGGCAGACCUACCCCUGCACAGAGGAAAUGUCUAUUAAAGAGUGCACAGUGGACAUGGACUCGGACACGUGGAACGCUUAUCACAUAGUGAGCAACCGAGCUCGCUCCGUCUGCUACGCAACUCGCCAGCAGCUCUUCCGACGCAGAGCGGAGCACACGGUCAACGCUCUCAUCUCCACGGCAACCAGUCAGCUGGAUGCCAUGAAGGACCUGAAGGAGGGCCAGUCGGAGUUGCGGGAGCUGACUGCGGCCUCCCUGGACAAGCUGCUGCAGGGCCACAGCUCUCUGCAGGUCCAGCAGGGGAAACUGCACGAAGGCCAGGGGCAGAUGGAGAGUUCACUGAAGAGCAACCUGGAGCGUCUGGGUCAGGAGAAAGCUCUCAUCGCCUCCGGACAGGAGCUGGUGGCUCAGCUCAUCCAGGGCAUCACCAAGAGGAUGGAGAACGUGAGUGAACAUCUGCAGGUUCAAGGCUCCGAGGUGCAGGACAGCCACAAGGCGAUCGUCAGAGACCUGGCAGACGUCAGACACCAGGCUCAGGACAUCUAUGAGAAAAUUGACCACAGUAUGCUGGAGUUCCUGCAGUACCAGGACCAGACCUCCCAGUACUACAGCGACCUGAUGGACAAACUGGAACGCAUGAACAGCACGCUGGGCUUCAUGCUGCACUACAUCGAUAACAUGCAGAGUCGGAUAGAGGAGCGGCUGCACGUGAUCCAGGGCUACCUCGGCUGGGCAGGUCUGAGUCUGACGGCCAUGUGGACGUGCAUUGCACACACGGGCUACUUCGUCAUGUCUGCCGUCCUCCUGACGUUCCUGCGUUGUCCCGGUUUCUCUCGAGCGAUGCUGCUGCUCACCGUCCCUCUGAACGCAGUGGCCGAGGUCAACCAGCAGCCAGCGCUGGAUCUCAGCAGCCUCACCCUGCUGCUGCUCACUGUGUCUCUGGGUCACUGGUUUGUGAAUCAGCUGUGGUCGAGCCUCGGAGGGAAGUCGGCUGUCCCGCUGCCUCUGGCCCCGUGUGACGUCGUGGAACCACAGAAGCACCAAGUUCCAGCGGGUCACUCGUAUCCGGCAUCGUCUACACCACAGAAAGAUGAAAUGGUCGGUUUCCUGGAGCCAGACGACCUCCUGCACCAGGACAGCUUCUUGUCAGGCGACCUGGGGCUGUCAGCGGUGUCGCCUCCUCGCAGGAAGCCGAUGCUCGAAUCCAGGUUCAUGCAAAUAAAAGGCACAUCCUGUCACUCCACUCCCAGACUGAUGGAACAGCACGUUUCUGCGGCCCUGGGUGACGACAUACCAGUGAGGAUCCUGGGAGGAGUUUUUGAUGCAGUGAACAACUCGCAUGAUUUAGCGAAUGACUCUCGAAGUGCGAGUCCAGCUCCGUCACUAGUUAGCAACAGCUCCGCGUCCGGCCGUCAGCUGUGCAAUGGGAUCACUAAGACGGGGAAGGCCUGUAAGAAGAGAGCCGUGCUGGGACUGGACUUCUGCAGAGUCCAUGACGGAGGCCACGCCUCCUACGCUUACUCCUGAAAAUACUCAACUUCCUCCUCAGCAUGAAUUUCACUGGUGGACGGACGUCCCUGCAAAAAUACUAAUGAAGCGUAACUGUGUCCUUCGUAGUUGCUUUCAAUUUGCUAAGCAGGAAAUAUAGUUGCUCAUUUUUAAAAAUGUACUUUAUUGUUAACACUUUUUAAUGUUCUUUUAAGUUAAUAAAUUAUUUCUUAACCCGUCAA